AUGACAGGAUUACUGCCCAGCACCUACGACAAGCACGUCACCUCCAGCAGCGGUUGUGCCUAUGUCGCCGAGAAAGACGGUGAAAUUUUGGCCUUUGCUUUUCACACGGUCUGCAGCGAUGGUGAAGUAAUUAUUUCAAGGGGUGCGCGGACUAAACAUGGAUAUCACGGUCUGGGAAUCAUGACAGCUCUUGGUGCGCAUGCCCGCAAAAUGACACUGAGUAGAUACCCUAACGUAACACUGAUCGGAGGCACUAGGAUGUCUGAGGUUUCCAAGCCGGUUCAGUACCCGACAAGAUCAACGUACACCCUGCAUAUCCCGGUGUGCAUAACGAAACCAGCCACACCGUAUCCCACAGCCAAACACUUCGGUGUCGACGUUCCCAUGCCAGACUACGAUCAUCUACAGCUGCUCAACCACGCCCAGAUCCGACAACUGCUGACCUGUAGCGAGAGUUUCACGAAGAUUGGCAAGGGCAAGCCGGUUGUUAUAGGCUGGGUGCCGUUUACGAGAAUGUCAUCCGCUGAUGUGCAGUUCCUCAUGGAAUGCGACAACCCAACUGUCAUUGCCGAUCUGGACGACAGAGGUCGCUGCUCGUCGGUUAGCUUUGCAACUUGCUACGAGACCUUGCUCAAAGUAGACCCCACGGACAUCCACUAUAGAAUUGACAUCGACAUAUAUUCCUCUGAUCGCGACCUGGCCAUCCAGCAUGUCUAUUCUCAAGUUCACAGGCACAGCGUGAUGUUACCAAUGUACAACGCUAAAAUGCAUGUCUUUUUCUACCUUAAUUGUCCUGCAACGAGAGAAGACAUUCGGGAUGCAUUGCAAAAGAUUGGAAUAGAAUUUCGUGAAAGUUUUCUCCAUACAAAAAUCCCCUACAUGAGCGGGUAUCUGCAUCCCGUAACUGACACGCAAUCAGGAAUGACAAAGAGUGCAACCAACAGCCGUGCAUCUAAAUUGUAAUAUUCCGAGAAACCAUUUGCAAUGUUUGUGCGCACUAUAUCGAUGUUGUACUCUGAUUAAAUUACAAGCUCAUUGCCGCCGUACCCGCACAAAUACGGUCCACGUAUCGAUUGAAACAAACUGAUAUAAAUCCAUAUCUUUAAAUUUCAAUACGUCUGUUGUUAAUAUUACGUUAGGGGAUCUGUGUAGACACUCCCAUAGAUUACUUUAACAGACGCUAUAACAUGAUUUCAGGAGUGAAUAAUAAUAGAUAAUAAUAUAUUAUUAUUUACUCCUGAUGAUAUGAUGCGAGGUGUCAAUCAACGAUUUUCGGUCGAAAGUUGGUGUGAACUUUAAAAUAGAUUAUUACUGAAAUCCCAUGCCAACACAAUAAAAAUAUGAAUAUUAAAGCUA